AUGGGUUGCAUCAUACUCCCCAUUUUCUACAUGGUGGAUCCCAGGGAUAUACGACAUCAGACGGGAUCUUAUCAGAAGGCGUUUCGACAACAUGUGAAGAACUUCCAUGGGAAGGCCAUACAAAGCUGGAAAGAUGCUUUGAGUAAAGCUGGAGCUUUGAAAUGA